AUGGAGACAUCAGAUCACAAAGCUUUUCUAAAACGUUUAACAAGUAACGCUACAGCAAGAAACAUGAUCGACUUGCUUUUGGUCAUUACAAUUCUUGUAUUACUCCGCACUGCAGCUCCAAUCAUUCGAGGCGAAUGUGAUGGUAUGUUAUUGUUAUGACAUAUGCUUAAUUCUUGCAUGUUUUGAUAAGUUGCGACUGUUAACGUUUAGAGUCGUUGGAAUCAGAUCAAAGCUUGGUACCUUCAUUUUCGAACAUUGGAAUUUAUAGGCGUAAUUUAAACCAAGUGUCUAAUGACCAACAGUCAUUAAAGCAGUUUUCAGAUCACUAAAUGACCGACAUUCCGUCUCCGAUCUGAAUUUGCCUUAUGUUCAGAUUUGCUCCUAACGGUAGACAAGGAAUAUAGAUGUUUGGGGAUUAGGUUAAAACUAUUCAGUGUUUUGAAAACCUUAGUGACGGGCAAUGUACAGUACCGCAAAUGAUCGCCAACCGCAACUGAUCCCGAGACCGCAAAUGAUCCCCAAAAUGGACCGCAAAUGAUCCUCGACCGCAAGUGAUCCCCAAAGUCGACCGCAAAUGAUUCCGAAAGAAAAAUAGGAAUGACUUGGACUCAAGAGUUGGCGGAUCAUCGUGUCGAUUUUAUUGUUAUUACAAAACGACAGAUUAAAAGCUAAAUUUUACUUCUCAAAUAAAUCUAUGAAUAAAAACUAAAUGAAAAAAAAAAUCAUUCAAGUGUAAAAACGAAGUCGGUAGGCAAAAGAGGACUUUUACCUCAUGCUAAAAUCCCGGAUCCGAAUAAUUAUAGGCGGUUUCCUUUUUCGUCCGUGAAUGUGACGGUUUCCUACGAUGUUUUGUCACGCGAUAACUACCGCUUACCUUACCUCAAUUGCUUCAAUUUUCUUUCAAGAAUGUUUCGUCGCUGAAGAAUUUAAGACAGGCAGGACGUUACGCAGAAAAGACUCUAUUAUUUUAACGCCUAGAAGCUGAGGAGUACAAAGCCGGGCACCCUCUACAUAACAAGAGCUUUAUUGACUUUACUGAUCUUUUUGAAAGUGUGAAAUUAAUUAAUUUUCAGAAUAUUUAAUUUUGAUUUUUCUCUGAAGUGUUAAUUUUACGUGAUAAUCAGGAAGACAUUGGUUCGUAACUUAGGUGACCGUUACGAAACAAGACAUGAUUUAACACAAACGCAAGUCAAAAUGCCCCCAAACUUAUCAAUGUCCACAGGUUUCUGUUUAUUUCCAAAUAGCAACUUUCUUACAACUCAUGAACAUGUUGCGAAUAGUUAUAUUGACGCUUUUAUGUAUAUUCAUUUGUUUUGCCUUUGCUGGAGACAGUUACCAGGAAUCUAAACCUGGUAAUGAGAAACGCAAAAGCGAGGUAAGCGGUAGUUACCGCGUGACAAAACAUCGUAGGAAACUGUCAUAUUCACGGACGAGAAAGAAAACCGCUUAUAAUUAUUCGGAUCCAGGAGGCACUUUGGAAAAAAAUAAACAACCUAAAACCCUUAAUUAGCGGCAAUGAAGGGCACUGCAUUUCAAAAGAGGUCAAAGGAAAUGCUCUUGCAUCAAAGGGCAAAUCAUGCUGACCAGAAACAACAAUAACCGCAGAAAAUGCGUGUCAUGACCUCUCAGUAUGAAAUAAGCGGCAAAAAUUACAUUUGCUCAGUCAAAACGUUUUGCUCCGAGGUAUAAUCUACCCGCCAGAUCCGGAAAAAAUUCAUUGGAACAAGCAGCAUUUUAGCAUGAGGUAAAAGUCGUGUGUUGCCUACCGACUUCGUUUUUACACUUAAAUGACUUUUUUUUUUUUUCAUUUAGUUUUUAUUCAUAGAUUUAUUUGAGAAGUAAAAUUUAGCUUUUAAUCUGACGUUUUGGUAAUAAUAAUAAAAUCGACACGAUGAUCCGCCAACUUGAGUCCAAGUCAUUCCUAUUUUUCUUACGGGAUCAUUUGCGGUCGACUUUGGGGAUCACUUGCGGUCGAGGAUCAUUUGCGGUCCAUUUUGGGGAUCAUUUGCGGUCUCGGGAUCAUUUGCGGUUGGGGAUCAUUUGCGGUACUGUACAGCAACCAGCCUUAUAACCACAGCCUAAUUUAAAAAUAAUGGACAAAUUUAAAAUGACUAAGCGAAUUUUUUCGUCUGUAAUUCCCUGCCCCUAUGCGGAUAUUAAACACUCAGAAAAAUACAUUUUUCUUAGAAAGGUUUGAUUUCAAUAUUUUUUCUUCGUAAACUCAUAUGAUCUUGUUUUGAAUAAAGUGUUGCGGCUGUAUAACUUAGUAAAUAACUCUACAAUUAAUGCAACCGAGUUUCGUAACGUCCGGGCACGGCCGUCUAAGCCCCUCAGCUCGGUGAGGUAACAAGGGAUACACUUUGGCAGGGAAAAUCCAAACCUUCGUCUAGGUUUUUUAUACCUUUGAUCGGGUUUUAUUUUUACUCUGGGUAGACUAUUAGUCUCCGUAGCAAAUGAAAACUAAAACCCGUAAGCCAUGCUUUGAACAUGAAAGCUGGAUCGUGUCUUUAACUCAAGCCCUUGGGCAAAUGAAAAACGUAUAUUAAAUUAUUCUGAAACAAAGCGGAAGACAUAAGUCUUACAUUAUCAUAGACAUACAAAUGACAGUCAUAUUUUUCUAGCUUCUCUUCCUGUUAAUCUAAUGAUAUGGCCAGAUAAAGAUAAAAAUCACAUUCUUUAAGCAUUAUUUGGAUGCCAUAAGUAAUUCCUACUAGGGUUAGUUUAUCUAAUCGUGUAUGACUUAAAUUUUUAUUGACUGAAAAUUAUUUGAAAAUCCAGGUUGGAACGUUGACGAAAAAGACAGAGAUCAUAACUCCAAGUGCAAUAUACAGGCAUCUUGCAUGAAACUAGAAAACAGCUCCAGUGUUAAGUGUAUCUGUCACGUCGGUAUCAAAGAAAAUCCUAAUGGCAUUACAGGUAAGAGAAUAACAGUGUCCGUCAAACAAAAACCAAAUUCACAGGCGUCUGAAAAAAAUAAUUAUUACAAAGGUGGACAAUCUUUAAAUAUAUGUUAAUCCGGUGAAUAUGUAAAUAGAGACAGUACAAAAGUAAAUGCAAGACGCGAAAUCGUUACAUUACAAAUCAGAUGUACAAUGAUGACAACGCUCAAACUCAACAACCCGUGGACCUGGUGGAUGUGCACUGUAAAAUCCAAAAAAUUGUUUUUCCGAAUUUAAGGUCCCUUUGGUGAACAAAAUAGAGGAACUCACCCGUCUGAAUUGGGACAAAGGGAUAACAUGACCAAGGGGUAAAAUGAGUUUCAUAGCCAGUUUAAGUAGUUCUUUAUAAAUAAAGAUGUUUGUCCAAAUUGUGGUCAAAUGACUGGCUCCACUCAACUAAAUCCGGUUUCCGGAACCGUGGAAAUUUUUGCGGUGAAUUCUGGAAUCCAGCAAUUUUGGAUUCUGGAUUCCGCGCCAUAGAUUCCGGAUUCUAUGGCGUGGAAUCCAGAAUCCAAGACUGUCUUGGAUUCCCUUACGUUGGGCGAAAUGACUCCCAAAAAAGCUAAAUAAGACUGUGGAUCCACAAAGCUUGAUUAGCAGUUUGAGUGCAUCUGAAACGGAUCUCUUGAAUGUACAGUGAGAGUGACGUUAUUUUUGUUGCUUUAUUGUGGUUUCUAGGUACUGUCGAGUGUGACCCCGGCAACAAUAAUUCAUUCCCUGUACACAAGAGUGACGUUUGA